AUGGCCCUGCAAACAGUCGUCAAUUCAAGUCCAAACUCGGAUAACUUCUACACUCGCCUCAUCCGGAAUCAAAACUUCGCCAUCAUCCCGAGCUUCCCGCUAGACUCAGGCGAGAUCCUCUACGAAUGCCCCGUGGCGUACAAAACUUGGGGAAAGCUGAACAAAGAGCGAGAUAAUGUUCUAGUCAUUUGCCAUGCUCUGACGGGGAGCAGCGACGUCAGCGACUGGUGGAGUCCUCUCAUCGGCCCAGGGAAGGCUUUCGAUCCCCGCCACUUCUUCAUUUUCUGCGGAAAUGUAUUUGGUUCCCCAUAUGGAAGCGCAUCGCCUUUGACCAAAAGUCCGAACGGGGAGCGAUACGCAAGCGACUUCCCCCAGACGACAGUCCGCGACGAUGUCCGAGCCCACAAACUCGUUCUUGAUGCUCUUGGUGUCAAGUCGGUUGCUGCCGUAAUAGGCGGCUCGAUGGGGGGCAUGACGACACUUGAGUGGCCGCUCUGUACACCACCUGGCUUUGUCAAACACAUCAUUCCCAUAGCCACGGCUGCUGACCAUUCUGCUUGGGGUAUAUCUUGGGCCGAAACGCAGCGACAAUGCAUAUACGCAGACCCCAAGUUGAAUGACGGGUAUUAUGAACCAACUCCCGAAGGGCAACCCUCCGCCGGAUUGGUAGCAGCGCGCAUGAUCGCAAUGUUGACUUAUCGCUCCUCCGCAAGCUUUGACAACCGUUUUGGAAGAAAGCCUCCUCGCCAAUCCAAAUCCACAGAGCCACCACUGGACUUGCCACGGACUGAUGGACCGGCAAUUAGCGCUGUCUCUGUAGACGGAAAGCGGUCCAGUACACGUAACAAAGAUCUGUCUUUCUCAGCUCAAGGCUACUUGCACUACCAAGGCGAGAAGUUUAUCGGUAGAUUUGAUGCCAAUUGUUACCUACAUAUUACAAACAAGAUGGACUCUCACGAUGUGGCUUUUGGACGAACAGAAGAAGCUGGGGACAGAGCUCUGAAGGAGGUUUUGUCGAAGGUUCCACCCAGAGCUAUGGUCAUUGGGGUUGAAACGGACGCUCUGUUCCUGCCCGAGCAGCAAGAAAGGCUUGCAGCAUGCUUGCCCAACGCGUCGCUCUCUGUGCUCAAGUCGUCAGAUGGUCAUGACGGCUUUCUACUCGAGUUCGACCAGCUUGAUGACUUGAUCCAAGCCAAGUUGAGGGCAGAGCUACCGCACUUGUACGCCGCAGUGCAGCAGGUAGAGGACGGUCUCAAGCAAGGGAGUCUCGAACCGCUGGAACUGAGCUUGACUGGGGAAGUUGACGAUUGGUAG